GUUUGCACUGCACAGGGCUUCACCGAUUCGGAUCCGCGGUACGGCUUCGUGACGGGCCGGAUCUUCUUUGGUCCCAACCAAAAAGAUGGCUUCGUUGACGAAAGCGUCUUGUGGGGCUAUCGCCUAAGUUUCAUCGACGAUUGCGGUGCGGACCUAGCUGAGAUUGGGAAGGUGGGCAAGCGUGACUAUCCUCCGGCCAUUUGCUGUGAUCCUGAGCGAUACAGUUUCGGCUUGGAGGGUGUCCCAGUGCCUGCAGGUGCUACGGCCAUUCAGAUCGCCCCAUACAAGGAGCAGCAGCGUCACAACGACGUGGUCGUCAUACUGGACUCAAACUACCAGCUUCCUCGUGUCUUGGUGGCCAUGGCCAUCCGGCCCACGGUUUAUUCAGGUGUAAGCAGAGAUAUCGUGCUCGGAUCCACAGCACCAGAGUAUUCCGCCCGCCAGUUUCGUGCUUGCCGAGUCUACCACCACCACUUCGACGCCCAGAACCAAAACCAGUUCGGCCAGACGGACGGGCGCAACGCAAGCGCUCUGCUCCAGGAAGAGUUUCUUCAAAGUGAGACAGCCUCUGUUCGCUUGCUCCGGGACGCUGAUGCCUUGGAGGCUGAAAUGAAAGAGGCGACCAAAUCUCAGCAUGAGGAAAUGAACUACUCGAAGCUCCAGUUAGCUGCCCUUCGUGAGGAGCUCUUGAGUGCUCAUGACCACGUCCGGGGCUGGAGGCAGGAACGAGAUAGCGAGGCUGAAGCCGCGAGUGUCACGAACGAGGCUUACCUGGCAGAAUCUCGCUCGUCCCUCCGACAGCAUGAAUCCUUGAGAGCAGAGGCGCGCACCCGUCUUUCGGAAGUGGCCUCCAUGGAGGACUUCCAGAGGAGCCUGGAUGGACAGGCAAAAGUUCUUCAGAAUGAGCUCAGCAAGGUUGCGUACAGCAUCGGACAGAGGGACCAUGAGCUGAAGGUGAAAGAUUCGGAGCUCCAAGAAGUUCGCGAAAAUCUCAGCGGGAUCCAGGACGAAAUGGAUGAGGUCAACAGCCAGUUGAAAGUCCAGUGCCAACGCGUUCAACGCGUGGAGCGUGAACUCUCCCUAUCCAGUGAUUUGGGAGAGAAGGUCAAGAAUAUGCGGUUGAUGCUACAAGAGUCGCACAGCGGCAUCGCCCAGCUUUGUGCCUUAGUGAAUCAGGAGCGGCAGAAACGCGAUCAAUAUACUCAGGGCUUGAAGCAACAAAGGCUGCGCACCGAACUCCUUCUCCAGCUUUUGCAUCACUUCAAAAACCGCACACAGGAGUUGGCGCCACAGUCGCUGCCCGAUGUUCUGGCGCCAAGUUCGGGUGUCGAUGCACCUCAAGAACCAAUGACUCCACAGCCGCGUGCAAUGGGGUAG